CCUUCAAUUUCCAUGGGUGAAAAGCGAAAUGGGUAAAUUUUUUGCAGAAAUUAUGAAAUGACCUCUCCAACUCUGAGAUCUAAAUCUCACAAGCGACAACACUGUGAUUUAGUAGAAUCUAAGAUACGACUCCACAGACCCUAUUUCUUCUUCGCCGUCUCGAAUUUGGUUCCCAAAUGCUAUUCAACAGUUUCUGAGAUUUUGCGUAUAAUUCUCGUUCCGUUUCAUCAUCCAAAUAAACCCCUCAAUGCCCCCGCCGGAUAAACUUUCCCGCCGCUUCUCGUUCUUCGGCUACCCUGCAGGUCCCGGCGGAGGUGGUGCUGCUGCUGCUGCUGAAGGAAGCAGCAAAGGCAACGCCGCCGACGAUCUGCCGCCGCCGCAGCUCAGGCUGGAGGUGGACAGGGAAGUGUACAGACCCGGAGAUCCGGUGACUAUAACCGUCGAAAUCAACAACCCUACUCCUUCCUGCUCGCUUCUGAUCGAGAGGCUCGGGUUUGAAAUCAAAGGGAUCGAGAAAUUGGAUACUCAGUGGUUUUGCACGGCCAAACCCUCUGCUGACUCCAAGCAGCGCAGGGGUGAGUUUGUUUUCAUGGACUACUUGACUCCUGCUUUAGUAUCAAAUAAAGUUGUUUGUUCCGGGGCAACUGUAAAAUUUGUGGUGCGAACUUUUCUGCCAAGCAUCAUACCGCCAUCAUACAGGGGUGCAACCAUCCGCUAUUUGUACUAUGUUAGAAGUACAUUACGUGGGCAGUAUUUGCUAGUAGGGAAUGGACACUUCCGUGAAGAAUCAAUUAGAGAUGUUGCAGAGCUGGAAACCCGAAUACCAUUGCAGAUAUGGGUGACUCAGAAGGGUAAUGGCUUGCAAAAUGACGAAGGUGAAACUGAUGGAAUUGUUCCUACUACAACCAUCAUGCUGGAUGUUUAUUGGAAAGAGAUGCAUGGUGAUUCUGAAUGGGCUAAAGUUAAUGAAACUUUUGAUGGCAUUGAGGACGAUAAUGAAAGCAUGAGGGAUGAAGUUUCAUCUGUUUCUUCGUACAGUACCAUUAAAGAAAAUAUACACAGAACUUUUGGAAGUUCAUUGUCUUUGCAGUCUUCUGCAGCAAGAUCUUCACGCAAAGAUCUUUCAUACCUUGAAGGGCACAGUAGCAUUCCUUCACCCAUGACACUUCCUCGAUUAUCUGUGGCUGAGAUUUCAUUUGAUUCAGGUGUUGCAGAUGUUUUGCCCCCAAGUAAGUCCGAAGCUGUUGCCUUUCCAAGCCAUCGGCUGAAACAGGCAAAGCCCUUUUCCCGAGAUGAUGAAUCAACAUCACCUUCUGUUUCAGGAACUGGUGAAUCUGGAGCAUCAGAAGGGUUCUAUCGAGGAAGAUCUUAUAACAUCAGACUAGAUGACCAAGUUCUUCUACGAUUUUCUCCAAAAAACUCUGAAUCAACCUACUAUUUUAGUGAUAUGAUUGGUGGAACCCUUACUUUUUUUCAUGAAGAAGGCACUAGAAGAUGCCUUGAGCUUUCAAUUACACUGGAGAUGACAGAAACUAUAAGUCAACGUUUUGUCCAUCCUUCAAGAAGACACGCUCCUUCUAUUACUAAGGUUCAUAGUGAUCAUUAUGAAGUUGUCGCAGACUUGGUGCAGACAAGCUUCCUCUUCUCCAUUCCUAUGGACGGGCCCAUGUCUUUUUCAACUCGCUAUGUCUCUGUGCAGUGGGUUCUUCGAUUUGAAUUCUUUACAAGUCCUAAAAAUGUGGACUGGACUAGAUUUGAGCAUCCUCUUUUGAUAGAUGGAAGAGACAAAUGUGAGUGGGUUCUUCCAAUAACUGUGCAUGCGCCUCCAGCUGGCGCUGCAGCAAUUCAGGCGCAAAAUGACAAGUCCUUCUCUUUGGAUCCCCUAUGGAUACACACUUGAGGGUCCUGUUUUAGCUGAGGUCGAGUGCAUUAUGGUCACAUUGAUGAUUGAUCACCCAUGUUGGUGCCCUAUUGCUCUGGAUGUGUUUGAUCAAAACCCUUGUUUCUUUUGAAGGGGCCGGCUUCUGGAAAUGCUGAUUCGCCUUUCAAUUUUCUUUUGGAGAUUCUUGGUAAAAUGCACUGCAGAGGGGCAGCAAAGCUUUCAUUUCAGUUGUAGGCCUUUUCAUGGAAUCCUUGAUCGUUGGAUGCAUUCAGUGCCUUCUCCUUUAGUGUUCCUGUAAUGUGUUGAGAGAGAUUCAUUUUCUCCCUUUUUUCUUUUGUUUUGUUUUCCAUUUGUUUCCGUAAUCUCAUUUUCAUUUUUUUUAAGAAGUUUUUAUUUGAAUCUCUUAUCUAUCUGUCUCUCACAAAUCACAGUCCUAUUUUAUUUUAAUUUUUCAAUGGUUUUUUUUCUUUCUUUCUUUUUCCUGUAUCCUCUUUUGUGAAAAAUGUUUUAAAAGCAGCAACUCAAAUGUGAGAAUAAGUAACGCAAGCAGAGAGUUGGGGUUUUUCUUAAUGUAUGAUAUUAGUAAUAUUAAAAACUAUGUAGUAGUGGUAGUAGUAUUCCUUGAUCAA